AUCAAGCGACAGUGACCAGGCAGAAUUCCGCUCUUAAUAAACUCCCGCACUUCCACUGAUCUCACUCCAAAACAGGGAUUCGGUUCCCAACCCCUCUGACACCCCGCACCACGUGACCACACUUCCAAAAACACUUUAAAAGACUCGGGAUACUACCAGAAUUCCCACAUGAGUGCUUUCACACCUCUACCUCAAGGAAUCAUCCCGGGAUCCGACAAACAGUGCAGAAUAGCCUCGAAGUGUAAUGAUUUCCAUUCAGCAUCCAAAAGCACCGCGCAGCCUCUGACUGUCUGCUGCAGAAUCGCCGCUUUUAUCCAUAUUCUAACGUAAUAUGGCACUGAGAAGCACAGACGUGUCUAGUAACGUUAAGUCUGCUGUUUUACUCGGAUGUGUUUUAAUUCUCUGCACCGCGCCCAAUAAUGUGGACUCUUACCUCUAUAACAACCGCUACGUCGGUGAUCAAGUGUUCAGAAUAAUCCCCAGCAGUAAACCAGAGGUUCAAGCAGUCAAACAGCUUUUCCAAAACUUGACAGUGGACCUUUGGCAGCCCAACAGUGCAUCUUUGAUUCGAGAAAACAGCUCAAUCGACGUUCAUGUGAGACGGGACAAGACGCAUUGGCUGAGAAAUCAUCUUCACCAAGAACACAUCUACUACGAGGUGCUCAUUUCCAAUCUCCAAACUGAAAUUGAGAAACAGACGGGGUACCGGUCCUCUAGGAAGCGCAGAUCUGAACUUCAGUAUGACUAUGAAGUGUACCAUCCUUUAGAAGAGAUUCAGAGUUGGAUGUUUGAGAUGAACCGAACUCAUUCCCACCUGGUUGAUCUGUUUUCUAUUGGUCAAUCCUAUGAAGGACGACCACUCUAUGUGCUCCAGUUAGGAAAGAGAACACGUUUCUUUAAGAAGGCGGUGUGGAUAGACUGUGGAGUACAUGCAAGAGAAUGGAUCGGUCCAGCUUUCUGCCAGUGGUUUGUUAAAGAGGCACUGAACUCCUAUCAACACGACUCCAGCAUGAGACGACUGAUGAAUCAGCUCAAUUUCUACAUUAUGCCUGUCUUCAACGUGGAUGGUUACCAUUACAGCUGGAAGAUGGAUCGCUUUUGGCGGAAAACUCGGUCAAAGAUACCAAAGUAUCAUUGUCGAGGAGUGGAUGCCAAUCGAAAUUGGAAAGUCAAAUGGUGUGAUGAGGGUGCAUCCCUACACCCCUGUGAUGACACGUACUGCGGACCGUUCCCCGAGUCGGAGCCAGAGGUCAAAGCUGUUGCCAAAUUUCUUCGUAAACACAAGAAACGGGUGAAGGCCUACAUCUCAAUGCAUGCCUACGCUCAGAUGCUCCUCUAUCCAUAUUCCUACAAAUACGCCACUAUACCAAACUUCAACUGUGUGGAAUCAGCAGCCCAGAACGCAGUGAGCGCUCUGUAUUCGGCUUAUGGCGUGAGAUACAGAUAUGGCCCUGCCUCCUCCACGCUUUAUGUGAGUUCUGGAAGCUCGAUGGACUGGGCUUAUAAGAACGGGAUCCCAUAUGCCUUUGCUUUUGAGUUGCGCGACACAGGAUACUAUGGAUUCCUGUUGCCAGAAGCCCUGAUUAAUCCAACCUGCACAGAGACCAUGAGAGCUGUCAAAACCAUCGCUUCAGGCCUGCUCAGAAAAUGCACCAAAUAAAACUUUCUACAUGACUUUCAGGGUGUGUUCACACUUGUAGUUUGGUUAAAAUGGUUCAGUUUGUGUUCAAACUGUCUUUGAACCUAAAACAAACAACUAAAGAAAUGUUUUUUUGAUGUACAGUUGGAGAUGAAAUGAUUAGCCUUGCUGUAAAAUGUUAUUUAUUAAUUUUUGUAAGACCUUUUGUGCAAAAAUCAUUUUUAUAAUGGGUUUCAAAAGUUGUGGUGCAACAGUCUGUGAAUAUAAGCAGCUUCUAAUGGUAAAAAAUGAUUAGUUAAAUUUUUUAUGAUCACACUUCAUAAAAAGUCUGCAGAAACACUUUGAUUGACAUUCAGCCUUUGUACAUGUUGUCAGAGGGAGUAAGCCUCGCCCAUCUCGACGUUUGUAGCUCCACCCUCUUUUGAAAAGAGGGCUGGGAACACAAUCUUAUUUGAAUUUAAAGCGGCAGUCACCAAAAUGGCACCAUUAGCAUCAAAAAGGGAUUGUGUUAAAGAGUUAUAAAAAUAUCUAUGCGGCACACUCUAGGCACAUCAAGGACUUAUUUUACAUCUUGAAAAAAGUGGCAUAAUAGGGUCUCUUUAUAACUGCUAAGGUUGAUACUAUUAGCCUCUUAACAAAUUAUUAUUUUUCAGAUUGACUACUGUUGUUUAAUGACAUUACUUGUUAGUUAUUUAAACUAUUGUUUUUUUAAAUGUGUUGGCAAUCACUUGGAAAAUAUUUGGAAAAAUAUUACAAUUUCAAAGUAGAGCUAAUAAUUCUGUGUUCAACUGUAUUUCAUGUAUAUUGAGAAUAAUCAAACAUUCAAAACAAUGCUCAAUGUGCGCCUUGCAUGUAAUUAUUGGUUGAUUAAAAAACUAAUUAAGAGCUUCUAAAAGUGUGUAAAGACAACCAAACUGCCAGUAGAUGCGUUUAUGAUAACUCUCCUCAACUGUAUUUGCAAUAUUGCAACUAUGAACAGACAAAAAAAACAGAUAUGCUUGAGCAUUUUGUCCUUUUUGAGUCACAUCUUCUGAUCUGUUUGUCUGAUUCAUAUUUAAAUAGAACCAUUUGGAGCUUGUAAAUUAUCUGAAUCGGAUCUUUUCAGCAACCCCCAUCUGCUUGUUUAAUGCACACUAAGGUUUGAAUGGCAGCGUUCACACCUGAAGCUUUCUAACAGAGCAUUAACAAUAUGAGUUCAUCCAAGAAUUUAAAAUUACUCCAUAUUCACUCACCCUCAAGUGGUUCCAAGUGUCUUUUUUUUCUGUACAACACUAAAGAAGAUAUUUAGAAAUAUCUUGAAAAACUGUAACCAUCGCAUCCAUUCUAAAUAAAUAAUAUUAAGCCAAUAGUAACUGUUUUCUGAAAUUCUUCAAAAUAUCUUCUUUUGUGUUCAACAGAAGAAAGAAACUCAAACAGGUUUGUGACAAGUGAAGGGUGAGUGAAUGAUGACAGAAUUUUGAGUUUUGGGCAACCUACUUCUUUAAGUCGACUACAGAGUUUUUAGGUCCAAAUACUUUAUAAGAUCCCAAAAGCGAACAACAAAAGGUACUAAAUAAAUUAUGCUCACAGUGUCAUAAUAGUAUCAUAAUUUCUGGACAGACAGAGAUUCAUCUGUUAUAAAUUAUAAAUAUCAGUGUCUGUAACACAGAAAGUCUAGACUCAGCAGACAUACAACGUCAUAAGACGUUAAAAUUAGAUUAGAUUUAGGUGGCCAGUGUCUAAGGAUAAUGUUAUUUUGACGUCCAAUAAUGACGUGAAAUGACGUUGAUAAUUUGUUGACUUUAGGUUGUGUUAGGUAAUCUUAAUUAUUUUAUGUUCAAUCCAUUUAAAUUUGUAAAAACAAAUAAAUUAACUUAAUUCCUACAUGUUGUCCCAACACCAAGCAUUGACUUUGUGAAAGACUGGCUUUAAUGUGCGAUAUGAAUAAACAGAGUUUAUAAGAGAGUUUUUUUUUUUUUUUUUUUCAAAAUUUUAAUAGAGACUUAUAGUAGAGACUUGGACCCGGAAGCAGAACACCAUUUCACAGCUUAACAGUAUUGCAGUAUUGUUUUUAAAUCAAAUAUAAAGGAAAAAGUGUGAACACACCCUCCCUCUCAUUUAUCUCGAUUUUUACUUCACAAGCCAUACAAAUGUCUUCAAGCUAAAACUAAAGGUUUAUUUUUAUAAACUACAUAAAUCAAGCUCUAAAUGAAACAAUGCAAAUGUAAACUGCAAAUUAAUGCAAGCACUUGAAAUGUGAACAAAAUGAUGUUUUUUAUGAGGCCAAAAUAAAGUGAGCACUUGCAAGUUUCAGAAGAACAGUGAUGCCAAUAUAAUGUAAAUAUUGCAUACUGUGGUCUUACAGUGGGUUUAUUCUGGUGUGGAUGCCAUGUGUUUCACUUCAGCUAAAAUUAAAAGGGAAAAAUGCUUUGAAACUAAAUGGUGAAAGGUCAACAGGGAUCUCAACCUCUCAAAUGAGCUAGAAAGGAAUACUCAAAGUUGUUGUUUUGGUUGAAAGAAAAGCUUGUCAGAGUGACUUAACUUGUAUGAAUAUAUGUUGCAAGUGCAAUGUUUACAUGUGUACUAUCAAGUUUUAUUUGCAAUAAGCUAAUAUUUAUUUCAAAAGAAACAUACAGUACAUUGUUCUAUAUAUUUCGACUUGCAAGUUGUAAUUUGUUAUCUUUGUACACAGACCUUUGUAUCUUACUGUUUAUUUUACCAAAAUGUUGUUUAGUAAAAGUACUUUUAUAGCAA